AUGCUCGGUGUCAUCUAUCGCAGCCCAAUCUGCCUAGCUGAUGACUUUGUUUUAGAGCACAUUCAUCUUUGGAGUGAAAAUACCAGAUGUUUGAUAAUAGGAGACUUUAACGCACCUGAUAUUAGUUGGACUGAUAUGACCACAGCAGGAUCUAUAAACUCCUUUGAUAGUAAGUUCCUGAUAACAAUAAUGGAGCAUGCACUAGUACAGCAUGUAUCCCAACCCACACGUUUUGGUGUUAACCAGGGUUCUUCUCUGCUGGAUUUGGUAAUCACUCAUGAGACUGAGGAUAUUGUCGACUUCAAUAUUCUCCCGCCGUUAGUGAACAGCGACCACGCUGUUUUGUCAUUCACGUUUCGUACUAGGGACAUGUUAUACGAUCAGGUUACACCUCGCCCAAAUGUAUGGAAAGCUAACAUAUCAGCCAUUCAGGAAUGUGCUGUUAAGACAAAUUGGUUAGUAGAUACUAGCAUAUCAGUUGAAGAAGCAUGGUCUGUAUUUAAAGGUAAAUUUAGACUAGUCACGUCCCCGUUCAUACCAUACCUGGUACCGCGAAGACCGAAUAAUAGUCCACCAUGGAUAACUAAAACGGUCAGGAAACUCCUUAGAAAAAGGAAGAAUCACUGGGAUAUGUUCAUCUCUACUGGCUUAGAACAAUACAGAUCCAGUUAUUGUAAGAUUAGGAAUGCCUGUAAAGCGUUAAUAAGUAAGACUAGACUAUCAUACGAAAAACAAUUGGUUAGGGAUUCUAGAUAUAGUCCGAAACGGUUAUUCUCGUAUAUAA